UUCUAUGUAAAGUUCUCAUUUACAUAAGUCACAGUACAAGUUAGCUCUGAUGAUCUGAACGUCUCACUCUCUAUUCAGCUAUGUCAGGAGACCCAGAGAUGGAGGUGGAUCAUACAACGCCUGCUGAAGCAAAAAUCACUGAAAUUGUUUCAAACCUUGGACCUAGCACCUAUGAUCGUAUCCAAACCCUGAGAGAUUUCCACAUUCGUCUUCAGUCCGUUCGCCAUGUACCUUCGUUACUUUUGAGGCAUCCGUCUGGAUCCUCACUAUCUCAUGAAGCCGAAUUCACUUCUCCAUUCGACCCAGCCGACCACGACUUUGCAGCUCCAUUCCACACUACCCCGACACAGGACUUCCGCACCCUAAAAAUCAUAGCCGAUGCCCUACGAUCUGAAAAACUACAAGAAGCGCUUAAGGUUGCCCGCGAGAGUGAAGAGGCCGAUAAGAGCGAUCUCUGCUUGUUCCAGAGAGAUAGUCGCAAACGGAAACGACCACUUUCUCCAGUCGGCUCGCCUCAGCCUUACAUACCUCCGCCACCGCGAGCUUCUUCAUUAUUCCCACCCAUUGAUGACGAGCUUCCAUGCUUGCGCGUCGAAGGGCUGGUAGAAUAUAUUCGAGAAUUUAAUAGAGGUGACAUAAAGUCGCCCCCCAGCCCAGGGACUAGUGAAUCUUUUCAGCCAAAAUGUAGACUAUACAUUUGGUCCAGGACACGCUCGCCAUAUCGUGACCGAUCAAUGAAUGGGCCGCCACCAAAGUUGACUAGUCCCGUAAUCUUACGGUUUACCAUCGAAGAUGUACUUACGGCUUACGUCUCUCUCGUGUUCACCCGCUGGGAAGAUCCACUCCUUGUAGAGAGUGUAACCGCCUUUGGCCCCAGAGAGAUGAAGUUGCCCCACAUGCAAUCCGAUUAUCUCGCGUUUCAAGUGCUAUCUCAGCAUAUCGCAAAAAUGGUUCAGUCUCAUCCGCAAGUCCCUCUCCAGACGCUCAUUUAUCUAUUGGUGUCUUAUCAGGGACUUUUUGUCGAUCGAUGUACUAGUUGCGAACGGGUGCUCUCGGCUGAGGGCCACGUUCCUCCAGCUGGGCGACUAUGGAUUCCUAGAGGUGCCGAGCAACCUAUUGAUCUCAAUACAAACAAAGCAGAUGAACCCGAUCCUGGUGUCAUCAUCAAUCCCCACGCUACUCCCGCGAAGAGUCAAAUUACGGACCAUCCCGAUGGACACUGGGAGUCACGUCAUGUUACAUGUAUGUACAACUGAUUCGAUAGGUGGUUCAAGUUGGAACUUGGGAGACUGGGCCAAUCGGUGACCAAUCUAUUUACUGCACUAUGUGGACUGAUUCUAGACAUACGUAAAUUCUGCGGUUAACGGGUUUAGGCUUGACCCUGAAUUCAUCCCGGACACAACGUGUUCUUUUGAUUGAAUGACGUUCUUGGAAUAGUGUACUGCUUGGCUCGGUCCGAGUUAUUAUGCUCGCGGCAUCUCCAUGACGAAUUAUUUCACAGGGUAUGUUCGCGGCCCAUCUCCAAGACAAAUGUUGUUGUUUUUUUUUUUCAAGUGAUGCUGUUCUCCGAUUUCAAUGUACUGCUUAGUAUAGAGCUG